GAGGUGGACCAGUUGCCUCGUGAACAGCUCGAUGUUGUUGAGGCAGAUAGUUUUUGGUGUGUUAGUGCAUUACUUGAUACCAUUCAGGAUAACUACACAUUUGCUCAACCUGGUAUACAACGCAAAAUUGUACAGCUGAAACACUUGAUGAGUCGUGUAGAUCGACAACUUCAUCAGCACUUGGAAUCACAUGGUAUCGAAUACCUUCAGUUCGCUUUUCGAUGGAUGAAUAAUUUAUUGAUGAGAGAAAUCCCUCUGCGUGCAACUAUCCGUUUAUGGGAUACCUAUUUGAGUGAGCGAAACGGUUUCUCGCAGUUUCACGGUUACGUCUGUGCUGCAUUUUUAAGAAUGUGGUCAAAACAAUUGCAAGCCGAGAAAGAUUUUCAGGGCAUUAUGAUAUUAUUGCAAAGUUUACCAACACACAGUUGGGGUGAUCAGCAAAUAUGUGAAUUAACUGCAGAUGCGUAUUCGUUGAUGUCAGUCUUCGAAGGUGCCAAGAAUCAUCUGAUCAAUGAGUCUACACCAUCUGCACAAUCAUGA